AUGAUGCUUUCAGAGGUUGAGUCCUGGGUAGCUGACGACUCUGACAAUCCCGAAGUGGAUUUAGGGCCCCCAACAGAUCGGGGUCCCCCCGAGGGGGGCCCCUGGGGGCCCCCAGAAGCCUCGUUGGGGGCCCCCCCCCGGGGCCUCGCAGCCUCUGCUGUUGACCUCGAUGACUUCCUUGGGGACUAUGAACAGUCGCAGGCUUCUGUCUGGUCUACAGAAGCAGACUUUGAUAUACCGCCGGUGGUGCCAUCUCUUCGUGAGGAAGCAGCAGCAGCAGCAGCAGCAGAAGCAAGAACAGCAGCAGCAGCAGCAGCAACAGCUGUAAACUCAAAACCCCAAUCAACAUCAGCAGCAACACGAGACAAAGCUAGCUGGCCUCUUCUUCACCGCGAGACCUUCUCUGGGGGAACAUUCAGCAGAACCUCUGGGGGCCCCAUGGGGGCCCCCGUUGAGGGCCCCCUGGGGGGCCCCCAAACAGUAUUUGGACAGGGGCCCCCUCCUCGCUGCUCCUCUCCUGGCUUCAGCUACUGCGAUAAAAUACCCUUCAACUGCUCCCCUGUAGACAAACCCCUCGUUGCUGCUGAGCUCUUCGUCUCCUGUAUGCUUAUAUUUGAGGUUUCUCUUCGUUCUCUCGUCCUUGGGCCCUCGUGUUUCUCCUCGAGCGCUCAUCUUUUUGACUGCACCAUCACGACCCUCUCAGUGGUUUUGUUUCUUAACAGCGGUGACAUCCGCGUUCUAUUCCGGGGUUCUCCAGGGCCUUCGUUGCCCCCAGAGGGGGACGCUGGGGGGCCCCCUGGGGGGGCCCCCGGGGGCCCCCGGGGCCCCCGUACCUCCCCUGAGGCCCCCGAUGACUUCCUGAGGGAACUUUUGACGGCGCUGCGGAUCGCUACGCAAGUUGUGCGUUUGGUGCCGCUGGCGAUGCACCAGAGACGCGCGAAGCUGCCCCGUGAUGGGGUCGACUUCUCCCGCUUAGACCCCCACGACGAUCUCUGA